AUGGCGACCCCCGGACAGUCCUUUUACGAGCUCUACCGCCGUAGCAGCAUUGGUAUGGCGCUGACGGAUACCUUGGACGACCUGAUUAGCGAUCGCCGUAUCGAGCCACAGCUCGCAAUGAAGAUCCUGGCGAACUUCGAUCGCAGCAUCACGGAGGUGCUGGCCGAUAAGGUGAAGGCGCGCUUGACUUUUAAGGGCCAUCUCGAUACCUACCGCUUCUGCGACGAGGUCUGGACUUUCUUGAUCAAAGACGUUACGUUCAAGAUGGAGAACUCGAGCCAGACGGUGCAAGCAGACAAGGUCAAGAUCGUGAGCUGCAAUAGCAAGAGGCCCGGGGAUCCCCAAUAG